UAGUUAAUGUAAUAAAAUAAAGUUUUGUGACAAAAGCUGGCCACGAGUAACACAAAAGAGAAUGUCAGCGUCUGUUUCUUCUAAUUCUGCUGAUUUAUCUAUUCAGUUCGAUUCCGAAAAAGAAACUGAUGUUGUUCUCAAUUUAAACAGCACAACAAACAAUUCUACAUCAAAUUCAGUUUCAGAUAUUUCCAAAACAGAGAUAGUUAAUAAUAACAGUUCGGUUGAAACUGUUACACCAACUCAGUUGACGCAAUGGGUUUAUAUUCAAACACCAACAAAAGUUGCUUUAUCAAAUAAUGCUUCAUCGAAUAAUAAAAAUAAUUCUAAUAACUUAAUGGUGAACGGUACCUUGCCACAGUUCCAGUUAUCGAAUUUGGGAUCUGGAAUCAAUAAUAAAAAUACAAUUUUACCAUCAAGUAUUCAAAUACCAACAAACAUUACAAUUCCAACUAACCAGGGAGUUCUUCUCACUCAACCACUUCAUAAUUCGAUAAAACCACAUUUAGUUAUUAAAAAGUCUCCUGGAAAUAUUCAGGCAGUUCCAGUAGUUCCAGUAUCUGUAGCAACAAGCACAGGUUCUAAAAGUGCAUUAGUCCACUUCACAAUGAUUAAAUCAAAUGAUUCAGCACAACUGCAGCAGUUUGGAGGACUGGGUAAAAUUAAAACCACAGAUAAUUUACAAAUAGUUAGUUCUUCGCAUUUGUCUUCUAGUAUCUCUAAUUCAUCCUUAACUAAUCAGAAGUAUGUCAUAGCACCUAUGCCUAAAGUUACAAGCAAUCGUUUACCAAUCACUGCUACUACAAAUACAGUACAACCCAAGAUUGCAUUUAUGCCCAUAGGCACACUAAAUUCCUCCAAACCAAAAACUUUCAAUUUUAAACUUACUGAUGGGCAACUAAAGGAAAGAAAUAAUGGCAAGUUACCAUUAUGGGCCGAAACAUUGCCAGGUAAUAAACAGAAAAUGUACAAUUUCAAAAUUGCAGAUGGACUUUUGCAAAAUGAUAAUAAUGGAAACAUAAAAAUAUUAUGUAGCAGUUCAGGUGAUAAAGACACUGAAAAUAGUGAUAGAAUAAACCAACCAGAGAAUGAAAAACUGCUUUGUAGUGAAAUAAUAUGUUUGAAUAGUCCUGAAAAGAAAGAAUCGCCAGAAGAAAGGUUUUACGAAUUAUCAAUAGUGGAAAAUUCCAAUUCCUGUAAAAGCGACGUAAACCUGACUAUUACACCUGUACUUGACGAUCCAGAAAAAUGUAGAGGAUUUGAAAACAAUAAAUUUCCGCAAAAAGAAACCCAAAAAUUUGUUAAGCAUGGCGUCUCAAUUUUAAAAAAGAAUUUCGCAAAUGUAGAUCGUAAAUCUGAAAAGAAUUCCAAUAGUUUAAUUAUAAGUCCAAUGCCUAAUACUAUUACAACCGUUUCAGAUGCAAUAAGCAAAGAAAUUAAAGUACUUUCUACAAGUAAAGAAAAUACAGAUGUCUUCUUAGCCAAGUCUCUUCCCCUAAGGACAGAAAGAAGAAGGAAAUCUAACUUUUCAUACAGAGUUGAUUAUGACGACGCGAUGACCUCUUCAAAUGCGAAUAACUGGAAGAAAAGCAAAAUUUCUUUAGACAGAUAUAAACAAUUUGAAAAUUCAGAUAUUAUGCUAACUAAACUUGAUGAUGACAACAAUUACGACAUAAAGAAAGAAAUAAAAACCGAAGAUAUGAUCGAAAUAGAACUAAUAAAAGAAGAAAAAGUAGAUGAACCUAAAGAAAAUUGUGACAUUUUUAAAAUUCUUAAGUGGGAAGAUGGCAUAGGAACAUUACCUGGAAGUGAAUUAAAAUUUCACAUGAACGAGUAUGGAAUGUUAGAAUAUUUAACUAAAGAAGAAUUCAAGCAACUUCUUUCAUCAAAAAAACCCGAGCAAUUAGAUCAAAAACCUAAGAAAGAAAGUCAGGAAGACAUCUGUUGUGCAGAAUGUGGAUGCUACGGAUUACGCUCUGAUUUUGUUACUUCAAAAUACUGCAGUUACGAUUGCCAAGAAAACGGAAUGAAACAUUACAAAGUGAAACGCAAAAAGAAAAAGACGUGGACCAAGAAAACUAGCAACGAAUAUUUAGGAAACAAUGAUAACGGCGACGUAGAUCAAUCACCCAGUGAAGAGGAAAAUACUUCCAACGAAAACUCAAUUGACAAAUACAAUUACCCAUGGAACUGUAGCAAGAAAGGUUUCUCGUGGUCAAAAUAUUUAGACCAUAUCAAAGCUAAAGCUGCCCCUGUCAAAUUGUUCAAAGAUCCAUUUCCAUAUACAAGAAAUGGUUUUCGUCCGGGGAUGAAAUUGGAGGGAAUUGAUCCUCAACAUCCAUCUCAUUUUUGCGUUCUAACAGUUGCUGAAGUUGUUGGGUAUAGGAUGAGACUGUAUUUCGAUGGAUAUCCCGAAAAUUACGAUUUUUGGGUUAAUGCCGACAGUAUGGAUAUAUUUCCAGCAGGAUGGUGCGAAAAAAACGGACACGUCUUACACCUGCCCCCUACAUAUACGACUGAAGAUUUUAACUGGAAUACCUAUUUGAAGCAGACAAGAUCAACGGCUGCUCCCAAACAUCUUUUUGUAAACAGAGCUGGAAGUUCUGUCUGUCCUAACGGUUUUCGAAUAGGAAUGAAGUUGGAAGCAGUGGAUCGUAAAAAUACGUCUUUAAUAUGUGUCGCAACAGUAGCUGAUAUGAUGGAUAACAGACUUCUUAUCCAUUUCGAUAAUUGGAAUGAUAUUUAUGAUUACUGGGCCGAUCCCACAUCCCCAUACAUCCAUCCCGUGGGUUGGUGCGACCAGUAUGGUCACAAUUUAACACCACCCAGUGCAGCCAAAAAUAGAAGAACAGGAUGUUCAUUUUUUCCAGGUUAUCCAAAUCCGGAAACGUUCACGUGGGAAAAAUAUUUGAAAGAAACAAAAUCAACCCCCGCGCCCGUUCGAGCCUUCAAGCAGCGCCCCGCUUGUGGUUUCAAACGAUCGAUGCGUCUGGAAGCGGUCGAUAAAAGGGUGCCACAGCUGAUUAGGGUUGCGACUGUCGAUGAUGUCCGAGAACAUCAGAUACGAAUCCGAUUCGAUGGGUGGCCAGAUCGUUAUAACUUCUGGAUAGACGACGACAGCACUGACAUUCAUCCAGUUGGAUGGUGCCAAAAAACUGGACAUCCCAUUGAACCUCCUUUAACUCCUGAUGACGUCUACGACUUUUUGGAAUGCCCUACGGUGGGUUGCAGAGGCGUGGGCCACAUAAGAGGUCCCAAAUAUCCAACACAUUCGUCCCAAAACGAUUGCCCCUAUGCGGAAGAAAAUAUCGACAAGGAAAACAUCCUGCCUGAUCGCCUUUUAACUCCCGACUGUCAGGUUGAAGCUGUCGUGCCUGUUUCUGUUCCCGUUUCUAAAGAGAUUAAAGACAAAUCGCCCAUUGAAAGGCAAAAACCCAGAAUAGGUCGUCCACCCAAAAUUCCCCGCAUGGACACACACAAUAUUAAAACCGAGUGGAAUGAAUCGGAUGAUUCGAAACCCCCAAAACGGAAAUACCCCAAGAGGUGUAAGACCGAAAGUCCUCCUGGAGGUUUUAGUGUUCCAAAACGUGACGGACUCAUCAUCAAAAACGGUUUCGUGCAGCCUCCGCCUCCCGAUCCUACGUGGUUUAAACAUGCGAAUUAUUUACGUCAGUUUAUACGUCAAGAUGCAGAUCCUCGCGAUUGGUCAGUGGAUGAUGUGGCCGACUUUAUUUCUUCAUUACCUAGUUGUAACGAGGAGCACUUGGCCCUCUUCGAUGCGCAUCAUAUUGACGGUGAAGCGUUAUUAAUGCUUACGCAGCAGGAUCUGACAAACAUUUUGAACAUUAAGUUGGGACCAGCAAUCAAACUGUACAAUGCGAUACUGUUGCUAAGGCGGAAUAUUUUUGCUGUGUGAUUGUUUCCUAUUUCGGUUCUCUGGUUGAGUUUUUCAAAUAUUUGUUUAUUUAUCUUUUUUACUUUUUCCCUUCUUCCGUUGCAUGUUUUAAAAUCAAACGAUUGUAAUGUGAUUUUCUUUGCGAAACGAAAUUUUUAUUAUAAUUAUUAUUAUAACAAACAAAUACUAUUUUCGUUGUCGCAGUUGAGAAUAGUGAUUAUUACAAAUUAAUAUUAUUGUCAUAUUAUAACGACGUUUUUCGUAUUUUACUUAGAGCUGUGCGAUUUUUUAUUUUGUUGUAAAUAAAAUAAACUAUUUUUCUUGUACAUAAAGUUAAUACAAAACAUUGUAAUGAAA